AUGGACGCCAUCCUGAAGAGCUUCCCGACGCCGACCCUUGACCGACCCUUUGGCGUCCACCUGUGGUCGCUGUUCGACAAGGUCUGGACGCCCAUUGUCGGCUACCCGGCCGGUGACUUCCAGUUCGUGCCGUUCCAGACGCCCAUGUCGACGCUCAAGUCGACCUCGACCUUCAUCGUCGUCUACUAUGCCAUCAUCUUUGGUGGCAGGGAGGUGAUGCGAUCCUAUGAGCCCUUCAAGCUCAAGACCGUCUCCAUGGUCCACAACUUCAUCCUCACCUUCAUCUCGGGCUCUCUCCUCCUCCUCUUCCUGGAGCAGCUGAUCCCCACGCUGGCUCGUCACGGGUUGUAUUACGCCAUCUGCGAUGCCGGCGGUGGUUGGACCCAGCCCCUGGUUGUUCUCUACUACCUUAACUACCUGACCAAGUACCUUGAGCUCCUCGACACCGUCUUCCUCUUCCUCAAGAAGAAGCCCCUGACCUUCCUCCACUGCUACCACCACGGUGCCACGGCCUUCCUGUGCUACACCCAGCUCCUCGGUCUCACCUCGGUCUCCUGGGUUCCCAUCACGCUCAACCUGACGGUCCACGUCCUGAUGUACUGGUACUACUUCCAGAGCACCCGCGGCAUCCGCAUCUGGUGGAAGGAGUGGAUCACCCGUCUCCAGAUCAUCCAGUUCAUCAUUGAUCUCGGAUUCGUCUACUUUGCCUCGUACACGUACUUUACGUCGACCUACUUCCCUUGGAUGCCCAACUCUGGAUCCUGCGCCGGCGAGGAGUUUGCCGCGUUCGCCGGCAUCGGCACGCUGAGCUCGUACCUGGUCCUGUUCCUCUCCUUCUACGCGGCCACGUACAAGAACGACAAGACGAAGACGGGCCGCAAGUCGCUCCGGCGUAUGAGCCAGGCGCCUCUGCCCGACCCUCUCCACAUGGGAGAGACGCUCAACGGCACCGCCAAGGCGACUGGUUCCAAGUCCAACGGCGGACCUACCACGCGCUCCCGCAAGGCUUAG